UUCAAACAUUUUGGGAUGACCCUUCUCACACUUUACAAAGUGUGCACCGGAGACAACUGGAGCGGGAUAAUGGCAGACACAUUGAGGGAAUGCCGUCCCAACGAUGAGGGCUGUUCGAGCUACUUGUACUGGGUCUCUCCACUCUUUUUCUCCAGUUUUGUGGUUUUGGCCCAGUGUGUGCUGGUGAACCUGGUGGUGGCAGUGAUCAUGCAAGCUCUAGAGGACAGCCAGGAGAACAAACCUACUAACUCCUGUCCCCCCCUGGAGGAGGACGACGAGCUUGAGCAGGCACGGCUGUCAGCCCAGAACGUAGAACCCAGUUCCAGUCACAACAACACAGAUGGAACCUCAGUGACGCCACAGACAUGAAUUUUGGUAUAAGCAGUUAUGUGUAAUUUGUUUGCUCACCACAUGAUCCUUUUGAUUGCUUUUUCUAUAUUUUAAUACAAUAAGUUAAUUAGAGAUUUACUUAUUUUGAUGUUUUGUGAUA